AUGAGCAACGUCGCCAAGGCUGCAGAGUCGACACUAUACCAUCUCAGUCCAAAGGGCUUUUGGAAGAAAUUCCGAGCGGUGGCGGCCGUUAACUCGGAGAUCUCGACUGGGCUGCCCUUGCCAUCCAUACAUCGUUUCCCGCCCCCCGCCUCGCGGCCAGAGAAAUACUCAACCCCAGCAACGAAAGCUUCUGACCCCGCCCAAAACCCGUACUGGAAACGCGAUGUCCGACGCGCCUACCCCCAGCUUUCUGUUGUGACGCAGUCCGAGCUCUCCGCCCUCCUCAUUGAGCACUCCGCGGCCCAAGCCGUUGCCGCGCCUUCUUCAGAGAAGAAGGAUGUCCCAGCAGAGCCGCCAGCCGCUGUAGACCUCUCUGUUGCGAUUUCUUCAAUCACCCAGAGCCGCAAACUCUACACACCAACGAGUCUUCCUCCAACGCUUCCUACCUCACGGACUCUCUGGACACCGCAGGUGACCGUUGAGGCAGUAGAUGUCGUAGUCACAAACAUUCAUCUCAUGUCCGCGCCACCAUCUUACGCGGCGGGCCUGUCGGCUGCAGCACUGGCGGAAGCCUUUGGGAAAGACGAAAGAAUUUAUUUGGAACGAACUACCAAUACCUGGCGGUACGAGGAAGCGGAUGGCACUGAGAUGGAGUACGAUGCGGCCAAAGGGAAAUGGCUCCCACUAGUCGACGAAGAUUUGCUGAAGCGCCAACAAGCAGCAUACUCCGUGUCUGGCGUUGACGAAGAGACACCCGCUGCCCCAGUUCUCGCUCGCGAGAACAAAAAGCGCAAAGAACCCGAGGACUACACUUCCGCCACACCCCAAGCAGGGCCUUCCACCAAACGCGGCAAGAAGGAGACCGAGCGCAAGUCGAAGAACACGGCAGUCUAUGUCACUGGCCUUCCUGUAGAUGCUGACCUGGAGGAGAUUGUUGACCGCUUCUCCAAGUGUGGGGUGCUUGAGGAAGACGACGAUGGGGAGCCCAAAGUGAAGAUGUAUGCCCAAGACGACGGCUCAUUCAGCGGCGAGGCCCUCGUUGUGUACUUCAAGGAAGACUCGGUAUUUCUCGCUGAACGAAUGCUCGAUGACGCCGAAUUACGAAUCGGUGACCCAUCUACAGUCAUGCGUGUCGCCAAAGCUGAUUUCACGCACAAAACUACGGGUGGAAACGGCCAGGGAGGAGAAUCCAAGCCACGGAAAACAGUGGAUAAGAAGAAAACCUCGAGACGUAUCGUCAAGAUGCAAAAGCACGCGAAACUUGCAGAAUGGGACGAGGAAGAUGGAUUCGGGCCAAGCUUAGACGACGAUGAGUUGGCAGCAGCAGCAGCAGCCAAGAACAGCCGCGUAGUGGUUUUAAAGCACAUGUUCACACUCAAGGCCCUGGAAGAAGACGCGUCUCUAUUGCUGGAUCUCAAAGAGGAUGUUCGCGAAGAGUGUUCCACACUAGGCGAAGUCACAAACGUUGUGUUAUACGAUAAAGAACCUGACGGAAUCAUGACGGUGAAAUUCCGGGACCCUCUGGGUGCUCAAGCAUGUGUUGUGAAAAUGAAUGGACGAUUCUUCGACGGGCUGCGAGUUGAGGCGUCUUUGUACAGCGGCAAGCAACGAUUCAAACGAAGCGGGGCGGGAGAUGAAGGGGACGGCGAUGAACGCGAGCGGUUGGAUAGUUUCGCUGCAUGGCUGCUCUCCGAGAACGAUUAA